CUCGACUGCCAGUAUUACCCUUGCACACGUUGCUUCAACACAGACGUGCUUUGUUGGCACCUGUUCCUACUUUCAUCAGUCCCAAUGCGGAAUACCAUAUUGACGCUUCUGCGUCACGAAGGUUACAUCCUGUGGUGUUCACUAGUGUUCAUGUUUGGUGUUAUGACCUGCCAGAGCUUGAGUCACAGGUCUCAAGUGACUGUGGAUCAUCUGGGCAAGCCCCUGUAUCUGACUCCGUACUUGGUCAAGGGUAACGUGAAAGCCGCACGUGAACGCAGCCGCGUUGGAUCCAUUGCUGGUUCGCCGGAUCUGGAAAGCUACUCCGGGUUCAUGACGGUUCGAGAGCAGCUCAAGAAUAAUCUUUUCUUCUGGUUCUUCCCUGCCAUAAAGAGGCGAAAAGAGGUAGCUCCUGUGGUGCUAUGGCUUCAAGGCGGUCCUGGGACGCCAUCCACCUUUGGCCUCCUCCUUGAGCACGGGCCCCUGCAAUUCUCCAUCGGCGAUAACUCCGCAUCAUUUCGCGAGUACACGUGGGUCAACAACAUUUCGAUGCUGUACCUGGACCAGCCCGUGGGAACAGGAUACAGCCACAGUUCAACCAACGGGUACUCGAAGACGGUUGCAGAUACCGCGGCUGAUCUCUACGAGUUCCUCGGCCAGUUCUACGUGCUUUUCCCGGAACUGAGAGCAAAUGACUUCUACAUCGCGGGAGAAGGCUACGCAGGAAAAUUCAUUGUGGCACUCGCUAUGAUGAUGAACAUGAUGAAGGACGACGACUCUUUGCCCAAGCUACGCGGCCUUCUGCUGGGCAACGUCUAUAUAGACCCGGAAACGCAGAACGACCUCAGUGACUACUACUAUCAGCUCGGACUCAUGAACAAGUACCAGGCAGAAUACAUGCGUACCAGAGUGGAACAGGUCGUCCGCCUCUUUUACAAGAGAAAGUUCACCGAUGCACAGCUCAUUAUGGACGAACUGAUUGACCGUGGUCAUACCGGAAAGCCAACGCUAUUCUGGAACGCAACCGGCCUGAGACAGGAUUACAACGUGGACCUGACAAGCUCACCGCCGGAGUUCUCUGCCUAUGCAUCUUUUUUGACCCGACCAGAGGUACGCCUGGCCCUGCACGUGGGGACACUACCUUUCAGGGACAACGACAUCGUCAGGGAGAACAUGUACGGGGACCUGAUAUCAUCGCAGAAACGGACAUACACAACCAUCCUCGAUUCCGGGAUCAGAGUGCUGAUGUACAGCGGCCAGAAGGACCUGAGCGUGCCCUUCUGUACUACACAGAAGCUCAUGGAAAGCGUCCACUGGAAGGGAGAGAAGGAAUACAAGGGUGCCAUUCGUAGACCGUGGAGAGCAGGACUAUCCAACAUCAUCGGUUACUACCUCACUGUUCGAAACUACACUGAGGUGCUUCUCCGAGGAGCAGGCCACGUGGUACCCUUCGAUCAACCCAUCGAAGCAUUCGUGUUGGUGAAUCGUUUCGUACUGGGACAGCCUAUUAAUGAGUUGGACUAGGCUUUGUGCUGUGCAAACCUAACACAGUCUGCGAUCCCGUAGUCAUCAAGUUCGGCUCUUCAAAGCUGUCUUUCACGUGGCAACGGAGAAGGAACAUCAGUAAACACGAAGCACCACGCUUCUACGUUUUUCUGUAACGGACUUGUCACAGGUAUGGAGGUGUCUCUCCGUAGCUGGGUUGAAAUAAAUUGCUGAACCGUAUUGCACGGCACAAAUA